AUGAGUAACAACCAGCUACAGCCUAUGCCCGGACAGCAAGUUAUUCACGUCGCGCAGGACCUCGACACCGAUCUCGAGGCGUUGUUUAAUUCGGUCAUGAGCCCAAAACCGAGUUCUUGGAGGAACAAACUUCUCCCGGAGUCAUUUUUCAAAGAGCCAGAUUCGGGAUCGCAUUCCCGACAGUCGAGCACGGACUCCGGGAGCCACCCGCCCAGGCUAACCGUGCAACACGUCCGGUCGCAUUCCUCUCCCGCUUCGCUGCAGCUUGGAACCGGAGCCAAUGUGGCUCCAAGCCCGGCUCACCACGCGCAUCUCCGGCAACAGUCUUUCGACGUCGUCGAGGACUUGCCUCUACCUCCGGGAUGGGAGAUGGCGUUUACUUCCACGGGCCAGAGAUACUUUCUAAACCAUGUCGAGAAGAUCACCACCUGGCAGGACCCCCGCAAGACCUUGGCCAUGAAGCAGAUACACAGCCUCCACGGUCCUGCAGCCCCGACCGCCGUUCAGCAGCGGUCCAUGGCUCUGUCACAGCCCAAUCUCGGCCAGCUGCCCGAGGGCUGGGAGCAGGCGGUCACACCUCAGGGGGAAACUUACUUCAUUGACCACAAAACCCAGAGCACGUCCUGGCUCGACCCGCGCUCAGACCCCCACCUGCUGAUGACGCACCGCCACCAGACCCACCCGCCCCCGCAGAUACAGCAGCAGCAGCAGCAGCAGCAGCAGGCCUCAGUCCAGGCCCAGGCCCUGGUCUCCAGCCCCCCAGUUUCCCAGCAGAGUCUCCAGCAGCAGGGCACCCAGGCCGGGCUCAUGAACCUCCCCAACCCCCUGACCACCCAGCAGCAGCACCAGCAGAAGAUGAGACUGCAGAGGAUCCAGCUGGAGAGGGAGUGCAUCCGCAUGAGGCAAGAGGAGCUAAUGAGACAGGAGGUGGCGCUGUGCAGGCAGCUGCCCAUGGACUCAGACAGCAUGGCUCCCGUCCCCCCAGCCGUCAACCCCGCCUCCAUGAACCAGGGAUCCGUGCCUAGCAACAGCACCGACCCCUUCCUCAACAGCGGGCCGUUCCACUCCCGGGAGCAGAGCACGGACAGCGGCCUGGGCCUGGGGUGCUACAGCAUCCCCACCACCCCCGAGGACUUCCUCAACAACGUGGACGAGAUGGACACAGGUGAGAGCCUCCCUCAGGUCAAUAUGGCCGCCCCGCAGCCCAGCCGUUUCCCGGACUUCCUGGACUCGCUGCCCGGAACCAACGUGGACCUGGGAACGCUGGAGGGGGCCGACCUCCUCCCCAUCCUCAACGACAUGGAGUCCGUGCUGAACAAGAGCGAGCCUUUCCUCACCUGGCUGUAGAGGACCAGAGACUGCACCUGUCCCGGGAAAUCACUCCCAAUUCCUUCCCCCCACAUUUCCACAAUGUUAUAAUACGUUAAAACUGCCUAAAAGUCAUAGACAAAUCCCUCUGACUUCAAAAAAUAAUUAAAAAAAACCACUAGCCAAAGUUUUUUUAUUUUAUUUUUUUAGGCUAAUAGUACGUUUUCUUUUGGCAUUUAUGACAAUUGUACAGUGAAUCGCUGAAAUGGUAGCCACACCAAACAAAGUAUAGAAGUGUGUUUGUAUAUUAUGUAGGAUAGUUUAUUAACUUUUUUUGUGCCCUAUAUUUAGAAACUUAAAUAAUUAUUAAAACUGCAUUCCUGCAUCUGAGAGAGACGAGAACAGGCACGAACGUGCAGUCGCCAAAGUUGGCUGUGUCACGCAGUCUCAUGACCGUGGAAUGCAUGCAGGGACACUACACUGCCAGCAGAGGGAGCCAGCGCUUCCUUUGAUGCUGCAAACCUGAACGGGGUUCAGUACUGGCUGCCGAACGGUUGGUUCCCUAGCCAACACCGCCCUAUGCAUCCUCGUGGACUCUGAGAUGAAGCCGGGAUUUGAACCCGCAAUCUCCACUGCUUAAUCAUGACUAUGUCAAGAUUGUAAACUCAGAAGCCUUAAAAACAAAAUUUUCUAUUUUUUACAAGUACCAAAUACAUUAUUAUAAAAAGACAGCUUUAAGACAGGAAUUUUUUUAUAAAGUGAAAAUUGUAUAAAGGUUAAUUUCAUUGUUUUAAGAAAAAGAAAAAGAUUUAUUUUAAUUUUAAGAAGUAUCCUUAAACUUAUGCCAGUUUAGUUAUUAGAAAAACAGACCUUGCGCUGUUCAGGAGUAGACUUGUUUUCUAUCAUGUACUUUUUAUAUAACACUACAGUAUUCUUUUUAUAUACUGUAAAAUAGUCCAGAUCAUCCUUUUUGCAUCUGGUGCCAUAUUAUGACUUUUAAGAUUGCAUUUUAGUAUUUAUCGAGAGCCAUGAUCAAUUUUUUUCAGAGAUUUUUUUUUUUUUUAGUACAUUGUGAUUUCAAAGCACUACAGGUCAGCAAUGGGUUAAACUCUGUAUGGAAACUGAUUGCUGAGGGCAUCAAGGUUGAUUGAUUCAGGUGAUCAAAAGGUUCCCACUUUGUAAAUAUCAGCAAAGUAGGCCUACAGUACACACUUUGUAUGUUUAAAGAACAGAUCCCAACACCCAAUCUUUUAGAUUUUUCAGGGAGGGAAGAUUGUUAAACCCAUAGGGGGCAUUUCUGUAAUACCUGCACUGCGGAGAGUAGCUACGGGGGAAACGCUGAGUGUUCGCCGAAUGAAACGGACCUAACGGUCAAGACGUGAAUUAUUUCUCAUUCUGCCCAACCCCGCUGCAGUGUGUUAUAUUCACGACACCGCGGUUUCCACUUUUAUAUUGCAUGUUGAAUUACUAUUUUGGUAUAUCUAGCAUAGGUGGUUUGUAAACACCAAUAUUUAACAUGAGUAUACUAUGUUUGGUUACUAUGGAGACCGACAGGACUGAGGUGGCAAGAAGUGAUGGCAUUGGGCAAAUAGUACGUGGGGGGAGGGGGGGGGGACGGUUCGAUGCACACUGCUCAUGACGUCCUAGAUUCGUGCGUUUAUGAGUGAAAAUAUGCUGGAACGUACUCAGACGAUAUCUUAUACAAGGAGAGCGAGACAAUUAAAAAAAACAUUGGCCUACGUGAUGGGCCCGAGCCCUGAAGCCUCCUCACAGGUAGAGGACAUAUCUAAUGUCUUGAUAGACGACAGAGCUUCUAAUCGAAAGCCUUUGGAACAAAAUAGGAAACGUAGAGAUCGAAGUCCACUCCCCAUUAUAAACGGAUACCGGGAGGUUUUGUGUAACGCAAUGAAUUGAUCACUUUAUCGGUGCAAACGCACAACAGAGUAUUGCUGAGCGGGAAACUACACCAUAAUUCGACGUUAUUGUAUGUUAUUAAUCUAUACAGUGUUGGAAGGUUUUAAGUCUUUAAAAAAACAAGUUAUGGUUAAGAAACAUUGGGCACUACUUACCGCGUCUUGCAUUCGAAACAUGAGUAUUUUAACUCGACAAUGCGUCACUAUUACCUUGGCAGGGGGUGUGUGGCUACGUCGUGAGGCGCGAAACUGACGUACUGUACUCAUUUUUAUAGUACGGCAAAAUAGUAUACCUCAAACGUUACCCCUGUUGAAGACGCUUUUAGCUAGAUAAAUGCGACCAUUCAGUUUCCUCGUGUUUUAAACCACAUUAUUGGUGGACAUAAUCAAUUCACUGUCAAAAGACGCAUUUUAGGGUGAGGUUUCCAAGAGUAGGGUAACGAUUAUGGCGAAAAACUAGCAUUUAAUCAGCUCAUUCUUUGCCCAAAAUUAAAUAAAAAAUAAAAAUAUGUCAACCAUAAGAAACGGAGACUAUAAUGAUUGACAGGUGUGUGCCGCCAGUGGGAUAAUGUGGCAGUGACGACGUGGGGUGGUGUGGAGCACAGUUUUGAAAAGGUGCUAGAAUUAUAUUUGAAUGCUUUGGCGCGUUGUUUCUGCUAUGACUGCACGCGGAAAGAGCUGUAUUCUCUGCAGGUUUCAAAAUGAACGUGAAAGUGGAUGGAGUAAAUCUGGUGUCGCAGACUAACGAUGCAUGAGUGCAAUGCGUUUAAUGGUGGUGUGGAGUUCAUGUGGAGAAAUGUAACCUCAACAAAAAAAAAACAUCUGACAUGGGCAACAAAUACAUGCUCUUGUAACUUCUUAAAAAAUAAA